AUGGGUUUCUUCUACUCUCGCCCCCUUUACUUCGUAGAGGAAGGUGGGGUGUGCAAUAUUCGGUUUCAGGCUUGGCCUCCGGGACCCGGUUGGCGCGCCCGGCCGGGAACCGGAGAGCCGCAAGCGGAACGCGCUGAGAACCCGAGGGGCCGUCAUUUCGCGCGCGGUCAGCCAAAGGAAAAANUCCGGGACCCGGUUGGCGCGCCCGGCCGGGAACCGGAGAGCCGCAAGCGGAACGCGCUGAGAACCCGAGGGGCCGUCAUUUCGCGCGCGGUCAGCCAAAGGAAAAAGACGCCUGACCGCAACGUUCCGCGAAGGCCCUGA